UUUUGUCGUAUUUUUAUUUUCAUAUAAUAUUUUAGUGAACUUGUAACUAUAAAAUAUUCCAAUUUCGUUUUCACCACAUUCCACAAUUUUUAUAUAACAAUGGCUGCUGGAUAAUGACGUUUGUUGAUAUCGGCUUGUUGAUGCAAAUACAUGACUGUAAUUUCUUGAUGUGAAAUAGUCCGAUCAUUGGCAAGGUGUUUGUUUUUUUUUUUUUGUCCUCCUCCCUCCAUUUUGAGACCCUCCACUGAGCUAGUGUGAGGGUUAUGGCUUUUCAGUAUCACCGUGAACACCUUUAUGAUAGUGCCAGUAGUGACACGGAGGAUUACUCGGAAUCUGAAGACAGAAAGAAAGCUUGCAUUAAGCGUACAAGUUCUCUUGGGCCUCCUCGUUCUAAACCUUGCCUUGUGAAUCGAGUCCGGUCAAUGAGUUUAGAAGGCCGCAGCAGUGAUAAUGAGGCUACGGACCAAGCUCAAAAGAAGAUCAGUAGUCGUUUUGUUUGGAACUGUCAUGGCAUCAACCCAGGCGAUCCUCGCAACCACCAGAAGAAACUGCCUUUGGACCAGUUCAAGUCCUGCGAAUCUGAAUCAGACACUGGAGGUUCGAAGAGCAUGAGCUGUCGCAGUGGCGACCGCAUUACUUUGGUGGUUGAUGAUACCCGUUUUGUCGUUGAUCCUGAUUUAUUCAGAGCUCAACCAAAUACCAUGCUUGAGAGAAUGUUCACCUCUUCUCUUGAAAACAACUUUACUCGCCCAAAUGAGAGAGGGGAAUAUGAAGUGGCAGAUGGUAUUUCUUCAACUGUUUUCCAUGCAAUAUUGAAUUAUUACAAAACUGGCCUGGUACGCUGUCCCCCCAGCGUGUCUGUUCAGGAACUUCGCGAAGCUUGUGAUUAUCUCCUCAUUCCUUUUGAUUCAGACACAGUGAAAUGUCAAAACCUUCGUGGUUUUUUGCAUGAAUUGUCCAAUGAAGGUGCCCGACAGCAAUUUGAAGAAUUUUUAGAGAAGUUUAUACUCCCUCCAAUGGUUGCUUGUGCAAAGCGUGGAGACAGAGAAUGUCACAUUGUGGUAUUGGCUGAUGAAGAUGUUGUGGACUGGGAUGAAGAAUAUCCACCACAAAUGGGGGAAGAAUAUUCGCAAAUUGUUUACAACACCCAGCUGUAUCGUUUCUUUAGAUACAUUGAGAACAGAGAUGUCGCCAAACAGGUACUGAAAGAACGAGGACUGAAGAAAAUUCGCUUAGGAAUUGAAGGGUAUCCAACGUACAAAGAAAAAAUCAAGAAACGUGCUCGAGGAAGGCCAGAAGUGAUCUAUAACUACGUACAACGUCCUUUCCUGCGUAUGUCAUGGGAAAAAGAGGAAGCAAAAAGCCGACACGUAGACUUCCAGUGCGUCAAGAGCAAAUCUGUUACCAACUUGGCUGCGGCUGCUAGCGACACGCCUCAGGUCGGUGGUGGAGCAGGCAACAAUGGUGCUGGUGGUGGUAGUGGUGAAAACAGAGGUAAUGCAAAUACAGGAGGUGGGGGAGGUAUUGGAUUCAGUGGUGGUGGUGGUAAUAUUGCUAGUGGAAACGAUAUUGGAGGAGAUGGAGGUGGUAAUGGUGCCUCGUCUUUCGUAGGAGUUUAUGCUAAUGCACACCAUCAGCGGCUGCACGAUGGCAGCUUCAAUGUCAUCCCUCCUCAGCCAUCACCUUCAGAACCUUACCCAGGGGUGCAGCUGCCUCCCGAAGGAGACGGAGAAUAAACUGAACAAAGAAAAAAAAAACAAAAACAAAAUGCAUGUCUUGAUCGUGCUUGAAAAAAUUUCAAACACCUUUUUUUCUCUGCAAUAUUGGGUUCUGCUGGUGUUUUGGUCCUUUGAAUUAUUACAAAAUUGGGGCUCUAGAAAUAAUAAAUAAAAGAAGCUACAAUUUCUCUGUAAUCUUGGACCUUGGUGGUGUAUUUCUGUCCGUUCUUUGCUUAUUGCAAAGCUUGACCUUGGUAUAGCCUGAGUCUGAUGUGUAAAUAUAAACAUAACAAGCAGCAAAUGUAAUAAAGAUGAGAGAGUAUGGAUUUUUUUUUUAUUUUUAUCAAUUUUUUUUUCUCUUCUGUACAUGUAUAGAAUAAGUAUGGUAGUAUACACACUCACACACAUUGAAUACAUACAUAUAUCUAAGCUAUACUGAAUACACACAUAUAUAUAAUUUUGCAUUUGUCUCCCUUGCUGGCAUCGUUUGGACAGGUCUUGUCGUGAUCCUUUGCCACUUUGCAAUAAAGACCAAUUAUCAUUA